GCGGUAAAGGCCGUCCCGGAGCGGUCAAGGCCUCAACACUUGGUCUCAGGCGGUCGCCCCUCGACGACCGGGGAUAUCUACCCCUCGAACACAAACCCCACUUUUCCUUUGGGUGGGAAAGGCCCUUGACCACAGCCCCCACGCUUCUUUGGGGCGGUAAAGGCCGUCCCGGAGCGGUCAAGGCCUCAGCACUUGGUCGCAGGCGGUCGCCCCUCGACGACCGGGGAUAUCUGCCCCUCGAACGCAAACCCCAUUUUUCUUUUGGGUGGGAAAGGCCCUUGACUACAGCCCCCACGCUUCUUUGGGGCGGGAAGGCCGUCCCGGCGUGGUCGCAGGCGGUCGCCCCUGGCCGGUCCGGACGCCCACUGGGAUUAUUAUGGAAGAGGCCCUCCCGGGCGUCCAGCAAGUGCAACCCAACGUGAUCUCGGUGCGGCUGGCCAAGCGUCCGUCGGGGGGCCUGGGCUUCCUGGUGAAGGAGCGGGGGAGCCGGCCGGCGGUCAUCGUGUCCGACCUGGUCCGGGGCGGGGCGGCCGAGCAGAGCGGCCUGGUCCGGGCCGGGGACAUCAUCCUGGCCGUUAACGGCCGCUCCUUAGUGGACACCUCCUACGAGCGGGCCCUGGAGAUCCUGCGCGGGGUGGCCUCGGACACCCUGGCCGUCCUCAUCCUCCGGGGGCCCGAAGGCUUCACUACCCACCUGGAGACCACCUUCGCCGGGGACGGGACCCCCAGGACCGUCAGGGUCACUCGACCUUUGACCCCCAUGGGCUCGCUGGGCCCUCCUGCGGCCGGGAAGCCCCCCCCGGGGGAGGCGCCACCCCCGGACCAGCCCCGGGGCGCCCAGGGCCAGGUGGACAGUGGCAAAGAUCUGGGCGAGAAAUUCCACCAGCCUAUUCCAGCUGGGAUGGAGAAUGACGGAGUCUUCAAUGACCUCUGGAGGAAAAACAACGAACCCGUUGUCCUCAACAACCCGUAUUUGGAGAAGGAGCAGCCUCCAGCUUCCGGCCGGAAGUCCCCAACCAGGAACGGGAGUCCAACCAAGUGUCCCAGGUUCCUCAAAGUCCGGAACUGGGAGACGGAUUUGACCCUGAGUGAUACCCUGCAUCUCAAGAGCACGGCGGCCAUGCCGUGCAGUGAGCAGAUCUGCCUGGGUUCCAUCAUGCUCCCGUCUCCACACGUCAGGAAACCGGAAGAUCUGAGGACUAAAGAGCAGCUCUCCCACCUGGCCAGGGAGUUCAUCGAUCAGUACUAUACGUCGAUUAAGAGGUUCGGCUCCAAAGCCCACAUGGAGAGGCUGGAAGAAAUGAAUAAGGAUAUAGAGGCCACCAACACCUACCAGCUCAAAGACACAGAGCUCAUCUACGGGGCCAAACAUGCCUGGCGCAAUGCGGCCCGCUGUGUUGGCCGUAUCCAGUGGUCUAAGCUGCAGGUGUUUGAUGCCCGAGACUGCACUACGGCCCACGGCAUGUUUAAUUACAUCUGCAACCAUAUCAAGUACGCCACCAACAAAGGCAACCUCAGGUCCGCCAUCACCAUAUUCCCUCAGAGAACCGACGGGAAGCAUGACUUCCGAGUCUGGAAUACCCAGCUCAUCCGCUACGCCGGCUACAAGAAGCCAGACGGCACCGUCUUAGGAGACCCCGCCAACGUAGAGUUCACGAACAUCUGCAUCCGGCAAGGCUGGAACCCCCCGAAAGGACGCUUCGACGUCCUUCCUCUCCUGCUGCAGGCCAACGGCAACGAUCCAGAGCUGUUCGAGAUCCCCCCGGAGAUGGUGCUGGAAGUGCCCAUCAGGCACCCCAGGUUCCCGUGGUUCCAAGACCUGGCGCUGAAGUGGUACGGACUGCCGGCCGUGUCCAGUAUGCUCCUGGAGAUCGGAGGCCUGGAGUUCACAGCCUGCCCCUUCAGCGGCUGGUACAUGGGUACCGAGAUCGGGGUCCGGGACUUCUGCGACAACUCUCGCUACAACAUCCUGGAGGAAGUCGCCAAAAAUAUGAAGUUGGACAUGAAGAAAACCUCGUCCCUAUGGAAGGACCAAGCCCUGGUGGAAAUCAACAUCGCUGUGCUUCACAGCUUUCAGAGCGACAAAGUGACCAUCGUGGACCACCAUUCGGCCACCGAGUCCUUCAUCAAGCACAUGGAGAACGAGUAUCGCUGCCGCGGGGGCUGCCCCGCCGACUGGGUCUGGAUCGUCCCGCCCAUGUCCGGAAGCAUCACCCCGGUCUUCCAUCAAGAGAUGCUCAACUAUCGGCUCACGCCGUCCUUCGAAUACCAGCCUGAUCCUUGGAACACCUACAUCUGGAAAGGAAGCUCUGGCACCCCCUUCAAAAAGAAAUCCAUCGGCUUCAAGAAACUGGCAGAAGCCGUCAAGUUCUCCGCCAAGCUGAUGGGGCAAGCGAUGGCCAAGAGGGUGAAAGCCACCAUCCUCUACGGCACCGAGACGGGCCGGUCCCAGGCUUACGCGAAGGCCUUGUGCGAGAUCUUCAAGCACGCGUUUGACGCCAAGGUGAUGUCCAUGGAAGAGUACGACAUUGUGCAUUUGGAACACGAAACCUUGGUCCUGGUGGUGACAAGCACCUUCGGCAACGGAGACCCCCCGGAGAACGGAGAGAAAUUUGGCUGCGCCCUGAUGGAGAUGAGACAUCUGCAUUCCAUGGCGGAUGAGAGGAAGAGCUACAAGGUCCGUUUCAACAGCGUCUCCUCCUACUCGGAGGCCAGACAAUUCUCCAGGGACGGGACUGGCUCCAGGGAUGCCUUCGAGAGUGCCGGCCCUCUGGCUAACGUGAGGUUCUCGGUGUUUGGGCUCGGCUCGCGGGCAUAUCCCCAUUUCUGUGCCUUUGGGCACGCCGUGGACACCCUCCUGGAGGAGCUGGGCGGAGAGCGCAUUCUGAAGAUGAGGGAGGGCGACGAGCUCUGUGGGCAAGAAGAGGCCUUCCGAACCUGGGCCAAAAUCGUCUUUAAGACGGCCUGCGAUGUGUUCUGCGUGGGCGACGACGUCAACAUCGAGAAGGCCAACAACUCCCUCACCAGCAACGACCGCAGCUGGAAGAGGAGCAAGUUCCGCCUGACGUACACCGCCGAGGCCCCGGAGAUCCUUCAGGGCCUGAACAGCAUCCAUAAAAAACGGAUCUCCGCCGCCCGGCUCCUCACCCGCCAAAACCUACAGAGUUCCAAAUCCAGCCGCUCCACCAUCUUCGUGAGGCUCCACACCAACGGACACCCGGAUCUCCAGUACCAGCCGGGCGACCACCUGGGGGUCUUCCCGGGGAACCACGAGGACUUGGUGAACGCCCUGCUUGAACGGCUAGAAGACGCCCCCCCAGUCAACCAGCUGGUCAAGGUGGAGGUUCUGGAGGAGCGGACCACGGCUCUGGGUGUCAUCCGUAACUGGGAAGACGAGAACCGCAUCCCGCCCUGCACUAUCUUCCAGGCCUUCAAGUAUUACCUGGACAUCACCACGCCUCCGACGCCUCUCCAGCUGCAGCUCUUUGCCUCGCUGGCUUCCAAAAAUGAAGAAAAACAACGUCUUCUUGUCCUCAGCAAGGGUCUCCGCGAAUACGAAGAGUGGAAGUGGGGCACGAACCCGAACAUCGUGGAAGUGCUCAACGAGUUCCCCUCCAUCGAGGUGCCCUCCUCCCUGCUGCUGACCCAGCUGUCCCUGCUGCAGCCUCGCUAUUAUUCCAUCAGCUCCUCGCCGGACAUGUAUCCCGACGAGGUCCACCUCACCGUGGCCGUCCUUUCCUACCGCACUCAAGAUGGGAAUGGGCCGAUCCAUCACGGCGUCUGCUCCUCUUGGCUCAACCACAUCCCGCCCAACGAAGCCGUGCCCUGUUUCGUCCGGGGGGCACCCAACUUCCACCUGCCUCAAGACCCCCAGGUCCCCUGCAUCUUGGUAGGCCCGGGCACGGGGAUCGCCCCUUUCCGCAGCUUUUGGCAGCAGCGGCAGUUCGACAUCCAGCACAAAGGAAUCUCCGCAGGCCCCAUGGUUUUGGUGUUUGGAUGCCGCCAGGCCGAAAUUGACCACAUUUACAAGGACGAGACCCAGCAGGCGAAAAAGAAGGGCGUCUUCAAAGAGCUGUACACCGCUUACUCCCGGGAGCCGGAAAAACCAAAGAAAUAUGUGCAGGACGUGCUGCAGGAGCAGCUGGCGGAGACGGUCCACAGCACGCUGAAGAAGCAGGGCGGCCACAUGUACGUCUGCGGAGAUGUCACCAUGGCGGCGGACGUCCUCAAGGCCAUCCAGCGCAUCAUCGCCCUCAAAGGAAAGCUCACGGCCGAGGAGGCCGGCGUCUUCAUCAGCAAACUGAGGGAUGCGAACCGCUACCACGAGGACAUCUUCGGGAUCACCCUGCGGACGUACGAAGUGACCAACCGCCUUAGGUCGGAGUCCACGGCCUACGAGGAGAUCAGAAAGGACCUGGACGAGGUUUUCCGAUCGUAACCGGAAGAGAGGCCUCCUCGCCGGGCUUCGUCCGCCCCGACCCCGCCGCAUCUUUUCGACCGGACUCCACGCUGUGCCCCACCUCCCGCGCCCUCGUUCAUUCUGAUCCUCUGUUCCUCCGACCUCGUCCCGUGGUUCUUUCCGUUCGCCCUCGUAGACCCGCCCUGCCCCGCUGAAGCGCCCCGGCUUCGUAACCCUCGGUGUCGCCGACGAAAAGACGCUUCUCCCCCGGCCCCCUGCCAGGCCCGACUCCCUCUCCGCCCUUCCUCCGGUCCCCCCGCCAAAGCCGCCCGGGGUCACGGAGCCUUUCCCCUUGCCCCUUGGGGUCCCUUCGGUGACGCCGUGAAAACGGAAGAGAAGGGGCUCCUCUCCCCGGUGUAGCCCCUCGCAGGGAUGGCUCUCUCGUUCCUCUUGGCUCACGUUGGCCCCUGUCGCGUUUCCCCCCCGUUAAGAACGGCUCCGGCCUUCGAAACAUCCGGACGAAUCAAACACGGGUCUAUUUCUCAGCUUUCAGAAGGCCCAUACUUACUCGACGCGAUCCGUCAAUCCAUCAGGAGUAUUUAUUGGGCGCUUACGGUGCGCACAGCGCUUGGGAGAGGACAGUACAGCAA